GUAACAUGGCGGCCGUCAGUAAAUUUCUCACUGCCAGAAACUCUUCGAUAGCCGGCGGUGUCCUCCUCGUUUUAUAUCUCCUGAAAAAAAGAAGGCGGGCGAGCAAAUUACGCAGUAAAAAAGGAGGCUCAGAACUAGCACUGAACAGUGAUAAAGAUGGCAAAAAAGAUCGGGCAGCUGUGGACAAAGUCUUUCUCUUCAGAAUCCUCCGCAUUUUGCGGAUCAUGGUGCCUCAGUUUUUCUGCAUGGAGACAGGCUAUCUUCUCUUCAUUGCUGCCAUGCUAGUGGCCAGGACCUACUGUGACGUAUGGAUGAUCCAGAAUGGUACCAUGAUUGAAAGUGCAAUUAUCGGUCGCUCGACUAAAGAUUUCAAGAUCUUCUUGUUCAGCUUUAUCAAAUUCAUGCCACUUAUAGCCUUGGUCAACAACUUUCUGAAACUGGGUUUGAAUGAGCUGAAGCUCAGGUUCCGCGAGAGGCUCACCAAGCACCUCUACGACCAGUACCUCAGAGGUUACACUUACUACAAGAUGGGUAACCUGGAUAACCGGAUAGCUAAUGCGGACCAGCUGCUGACCCAGGAUGUGGAGAAAUUCUGCAACAGUGUGGUGGAUCUCUACUCCAACCUCAGCAAGCCUCUCCUGGAUAUUGGACUGUACAUCUUCAAGCUGACAAGUGCCAUCGGUGCCCAGGGCCCAGCCAGCAUGAUGACCUAUCUGCUGAUCUCAGGUCUGUUCUUGACCAGACUGAGGCGACCCAUAGGGAAGAUGACUGUCGCUGAGCAGCGCUAUGAGGGCGAGUACCGCUACGUUAACUCCCGCCUCAUCACCAACAGUGAGGAGAUUGCCUUCUACAACGGGAACGUCAGGGAAAAACAGACCAUUUACACCACAUUCAAGAAACUGGUUGACCACUUGCAUAAUUUCAUCUUCUUCCGCUUCUCCAUGGGCUUUAUAGACAGCAUAAUUGCCAAGUACUUGGCCACAGUGGUGGGCUACCUUGUGGUCAGCCGUCCCUUCUUAAACCUGUCCCACCCCCGGCACCUCCACAGCAAACACGCUGAGCUGCUAGAGGACUACUACCAGAGCGGCAGGAUGCUUCUGAGGAUGUCUCAGGCUCUGGGCAGGAUCGUACUGGCUGGCCGAGAGAUGACCCGCCUCUCAGGAUUCACCACUCGCAUUACUGAGCUGAUGAAGGUACUGAAGGAUCUCAACACGGGCAAAUACGAACGCACCAUGGUGACGCAGCAGGAGAAGGAAUCUGAUGUGCUGGAGAAAAUGUCGUUGGUACCUGGAAGUGGCCGUAUCAUUAAUACAGAUAACAUCAUCAAGUUUGAACACACCCCUCUGGCAACACCCAAUGGAGACGUACUCAUCAGAGACCUAACAUUUGAGGUGAGGUCUGGCACCAAUGUUUUAGUGUGUGGACCCAAUGGCUGUGGAAAGAGCUCUCUCUUCAGAGUCCUUGGCGAGCUCUGGCCUUUGUUUGGAGGCCAGCUGACCAAACCUGAAAGAGGGAAGCUCUUCUAUGUUCCCCAGAGGCCCUACAUGACCUUGGGCUCCCUGAGAGAUCAGGUCAUCUACCCAGACACCCACGAGGAUCAAAAGAAAAAGUCCAUCUCUGAUCAGGUGCUGAAGGAGUACCUGGACAACGUCCAGCUAGGUCAUAUCCUGGACAGAGAAGGCAGCUGGGACAUCAUCCAAGACUGGAUGGAUGUCCUCAGUGGAGGGGAGAAGCAGAGGAUGGCUAUGGCCAGGCUGUUCUACCACAAGCCCCAGUUUGCCAUUCUAGAUGAGUGCACCAGCGCAGUGAGUGUGGACGUAGAGGACUACAUCUACAGCCACUGCCGGACGGUUGGAAUCACCCUGUUCACCGUGUCUCACAGAAAGUCAUUGUGGAAACACCACGAGUACUACCUCCACAUGGAUGGGAGAGGGAACUACGAGUUCAAACCCAUCACUGAAGAAACGGUCGAGUUUGGCUCCUAAAUUGUCAAUGGUGCCCAUAUUCACACCUGCUCCUAAAAAGCAAGUCUGUUAAUUCCCUGCAUAUAAAACUAACAUCUGAGCAAGUCUGUUUUUAAUCAAAUAUAACUUUGUUCAAGAUGUUAUUUAAAAAUCCGUUUUCAUCUAGAUUAAUGAUUUAUUUGUCCAAGUUGAUUGUAAAUAACUUGUAAUCCACAGCCCAUGAAUUGCACUGCGUCGGCCUAAACUAGUAAAGACUCUAGAGAAGGUGCACAUUUAAGUAGAUUGUUAGCACCACAUGCCUACAACUACAUUAUGUGUCAUAAUGGUUAGAUAGAUGACUUGAUGACUUUAUCCGGUUCUUGACCUCAGAACAGCAGCUAUGCUAGGAAGCUUAGUGUCCAUCACAGGACAAUACUGAAAUAUAUGCAAGUCCAAAAUGAUGAUACGUAGAUGCCCGGAUGCCGAAAAAAUGUUGUUCCUGUUGGUGUCUCUGUCGUCUUCAGUGAGCGUUCCAUCUUAAGUAAUAGGAGAAGGAAGUGUGUACCAGUGUGUCACAGAGCACACGUGAUCCUCUGGAAGUCAAUGACCUGUUCAGAGCCAAACCCCAGACAGAGCUAUUUGAUGUUAAGUAUCUGAAGACCAUAAAUUAGAUGGUCCCAAACAGUCCAUCUUUAAACUCCUUGGUCAAAUUGCAAAUUAGAGCACUGACAUUCAUAACCUUUUAAAAAAAAAAAAUCUGUUGUCUAAUUCUGUUUGAAUUCUAAUAUAUAUGUUACUUGGGUGAUUAAGGUGAGUUUUUUCUGGAACUGGAAUGAAUUAUGUGGGGGGAAAAAACUUUAUUAAGGUACAAGGACAGGUGGUACAGUGAAAGUGCAAUAGGGGCCGUUCUCAGUUAAGCAUAGUCACACAUGAAUUAAGGACAAUACCAGAAGCCUUUCCUUCCUCCUCUUCCUCACCACUCAAAAGUUGCCUCCUGUCCUUUCAGUUUGUCAUUGUAAUAUAACACUAUUCUAAGUCCUCUUUUUUUUUUUUCUUCUCCAAAAUAUGAAGAAGCAACCUCUGUAGAACUUAUGGUUUUAUAUGGAUGAUAAUUGUAUUAAAGAUGAAACUCGUUGAAAAAGUGCAUGAACUUGCAAUAAACUGUAAUUAAUUUUCCUUAAAAGGUGGACAUGUUUUCUUGAAGCACUUGCCCAGGGGGGAAUUUGUAAAUAUUCAAAUUUGAGUUGUUGCCGAGGUCAAAAUGAUU